UUAGGACCUGUUUUUCGGAGUGCGUGUGUUUUGUUAAAAUGCCGAGCGCGUCGUUUACGGCCUCGCGGUCGUACGUCCGCAGAUCCCGCAGGAAAGGAGCGAACAGGAUACCGACACCGUCAAGAACAACUUCUGAACCAUGUGAGCCCUCUUGUCCUAUGCAGCCCAACGUCAACAUACCCGCACCAUCAGCAGCCGCACCCGGCCCGUCACAAGCUCCGGCCCAGCCAGGCGCCAGCACCAGCGGCGGGGCCGUACCCGCCCAUCACUCGCCCUACGACCUGCGGCGUAAAUCGCCCCAUCACGACGGAGGCGGCGGCGCAGGCGGCGGAGGAGGCGCGGGAGCCGGCGGACCGGGACCGAGUACGAGCGCCGCGACAGCGGGUUCGCCCACAUCACCGGCAACGCCGACGGCACCCGCUCAGGGCUACUCGUGCUCAAUGUUACCGGCGCGCAAACGUCCACGCAGGACGUGCUCAUCUUCCUAUGAGAACUGCACAAACAGUGCAGCUCACUACCUACAGUACGAGUUGCCUGAUGAGGUGCUGCUGACCAUAUUCAGCUAUCUGUUGGAACAGGACUUAUGUCGCGUAAGUCAGGUGUGCAAGCGAUUCCAAGCAAUCGCCAACGACCCAGAAUUGUGGAAACGUCUCUAUCAGAGCGUUUACGAGUUCGAUUUGCCCCUUUUCAAUCCAGCACCGUGUCGGUUUGAAUUCGUCAGUCCUGAGGAGUCUGAGUUGGGCAAUCCCUGGAAGGAGUCGUUCAGACAAUUGUACAGGGGCAUCCACGUGAGGCUAGGAUACCAGGAUGUUAACUUGAAAGGUCGCAACCUGAUUUACUUCAACACGGUACAGGGCGCGCUCGACUACGCCGACGACCGCAACAGCGCCAACAGCACCACCGGCUCGAUGUCCGGCUCAUGCAGCAACCACUCGGGCGACGGUGGCGCUGCGAAUCCCGCCGCCGCGGCCCCCUCCGCGGCCGGUAACACCGGACAAACGCAAGUGGGAGGCGGUGGCGGCGGUAACGGCGCUCUAAUAUUCUUGCAUGGCGGCACUUACCGCGGCGAAUUCUUGGUAAUCGACUCGGAUAUCGCGUUGAUAGGUGCGGCUCCGGGCAACGUGGCGGAGAGCGUCAUACUCGAACGGGAGUCGGAAUCAACGGUAAUGUUCGUGGAGGGGGCCAAGAACGCGUAUGCGGGUCACCUAACUCUCAAAUUCUCGCCGGACGUCACAUCGACGGUGCCUCAUCACAAGCAUUAUUGUCUUGAGGUGGGCGAGAACUGCAGUCCUACUAUAGAUCACUGCAUAAUUCGGAGCACGUCUGUGGUGGGAGCGGCAGUAUGUGUGACUGGCGUAGGCGCCAACCCAGUUAUUCGGCACUGUGAUAUCAGCGACUGUGAGAACGUCGGCUUGUAUGUGACGGACUAUGCGCAGGGCACUUAUGAAGACAACGAGAUCAGUCGGAAUGCUCUGGCUGGCAUCUGGGUGAAGAACUACGCCAAUCCCAUCAUGCGUCGCAAUCACAUUCACCACGGGCGUGACGUCGGCAUCUUCACUUUCGACAACGGACUGGGCUACUUUGAGCAGAACGACAUCCACAACAACAGGAUCGCCGGUUUCGAGGUGAAGGCCGGCGCAAAUCCGACAGUGGUGCACUGCGAAAUCCACCACGGACAGACGGGCGGCAUCUACGUGCACGAGAACGGUCUCGGCCAAUUUAUCGAUAACAAGAUUCACUCGAACAACUUCGCCGGGGUGUGGAUUACCUCGAACAGUAACCCGACCAUCCGACGGAACGAAAUAUACAACGGACAUCAGGGUGGCGUCUACAUAUUCGGCGAGGGCCGCGGUCUCAUUGAGCACAACAAUAUCUACGGCAACGCCCUCGCCGGCAUCCAGAUACGGACUAACAGUGAUCCGAUCGUGCGCCACAACAAGAUCCAUCAUGGGCAGCAUGGCGGUAUUUAUGUUCAUGAGAAGGGCCAAGGUCUCAUCGAAGAGAACGAAGUGUAUGCGAAUACGCUCGCCGGUGUUUGGAUCACGACGGGUAGUACGCCCGUUCUUAGGCGCAAUCGGAUACAUAGUGGAAAGCAAGUUGGCGUAUACUUUUACGAUAAUGGCCAUGGUAAGUUGGAAGACAAUGACAUCUUCAAUCAUCUGUACUCGGGCGUGCAGAUACGUACUGGUAGUAACCCGGUGAUCAGGGGCAAUAAGAUCUGGGGUGGCCAGAACGGUGGUGUUCUCGUCUAUAACGGCGGCCUCGGACUGCUUGAGCAGAACGAGAUUUUCGACAACGCCAUGGCUGGUGUUUGGAUUAAAACCGAUUCGAAUCCAACGCUGAAACGUAACAAGAUCUUCGAUGGUCGUGACGGCGGCAUAUGUAUUUUCAACGGAGGCAAGGGUGUCCUCGAGGAAAACGAUAUAUUUAGGAAUGCUCAAGCUGGAGUGUUGAUUUCGACACAAUCGCACCCCAUUCUGAGACGGAAUAGGAUUUUCGAUGGUUUGGCAGCCGGCGUUGAAAUUACAAACAAUGCAACCGCCACCUUGGAGUUCAAUCAGAUUUUCAACAAUCGCUUCGGCGGUCUGUGCCUCGCUUCCGGCGUCCAGCCCAUAGUUAGGGGCAACAAAAUUUUCAGCAAUCAAGACGCUGUUGAAAAAGCCGUGGCAAAUGGCCAGUGCCUGUAUAAGAUCUCGUCCUACACAUCUUUUCCGAUGCACGAUUUUUACCGUUGCCAGACGUGCAAUACCACGGAUCGUAAUGCGAUCUGUGUGAACUGCAUCAAGACCUGUCAUGCGGGACACGAUGUUGAGUUCAUCAGACACGAUAGAUUUUUCUGUGAUUGUGGUGCUGGUACAUUAACGAAUCAGUGCCAGCUUCAGGGCGAGCCUACCCAGGAUACGGACACCUUGUACGAUUCCGCAGCACCCAUGGAAUCGCACACCUUAAUGGUGAAUUAAUGGAACCGAUGGAGGGAGACUCAAGCCAGCGGUUCGUUCAUGAUCGACAUCAUGUCGUGACUAACGAGAAACGAAAGGACCUGUGUCUCAUCCUGGAUUAAAUAAACGGCGACAAAUAUUAGUGUGUUCAAAAAAUAAGUGCUAAAAACGUACUCAUAAUGUGUGAGAGUGAGGUGUUCCCCCAUUACCCAGAAAAUUGGACUGUGACUUACUGAAAUUCAUGACGUGUCGGUAUUAGUUUUUUUGCACAAGUGUCUGUGCUCAUGUUUAUUAAUAUUGGUGUUUCAAUUUAAAAAAUUACCUAUAUAUAAAAUAUAAAUAAUUGCAUAGCUUAGCAAUAUCAUCUAAUGAAACUAGCACUGACUGAGUUUACACCAUUUUCUAGGGUUAGACAAUCAAAACACUUGCGCUUCCAUUUUUGAAACUGUUUAUCUAACUAUACAAUAACUUUCAAGUUUAAACCGCAAAAUACUGAAUUUCAAUUUUUGGCACACGGUCCUCAUUGGCAUAGCUGCUCUUAGGAUUAUUAUGGUGUAGUUGUGUUAAACACUCAGUGAUAGUUUAAGAUCAUAAAAUGCCAUUAGUGUGAAAAGUGAGAAACAAGACUCAGUGUGACGCUGUUUAAACUGGUAACUUAUUGCAUAACAUAAACAAACUGCGAAAGCCUUAAAAAUUGUUUAUUUAAUUUAAAAUUUUGCACUGGAGAACAUCAUGAACUGAUGGUAGUCUUUCCAUUUUGGCCCCCAGUCUCCCUCCUUUAUUUGUUGUAACUUGUUAUUUAUUAUACUUUAGAUUAUUUAUUAAUGGCAUUAUCUAAGAAUACAAUUUUUUAAUUUUCCAUGUGCCCUUUACUAAGUAAAUAUCGUUAUUUAUUUACCUGAGAAACCUACCAUCUAGUUUCAAAAAUUUGUAUAUAUUGAAUCAUAUUUUUUUAUUUUUGGUGAUGUAGUUUUUAUUUCGUACCUAAUAUGAAUCUCAGUUUUGUGUGUAUAAUCUCCAAUUUAAUUUUUAACGAUAUUAAAAUUUUUAAUCAUCUUGCACGUAAAACCCUGGCAAUAUUUCAAAAUGUAAUUGGUCAGUUUUAUGCCCAAAAAAAAUAUUUUGAGUAGGUGGUCCGCUCAAAUUACUGUAUCUGUUUUGUACAUGACUAAAUGUUAGCAUUUUUAAAUGUGUUUCUGUUUAUUUUUAGUUAAUUUUCCACGCAAUUAAAAGUUGUUUAUAUAAUUAUUAUUAAUUUUUCUAUGCACGGGUAUUUAUCCGUCACUUUGUAUUGUAAUUGCGCAUGUACGUCAUCUGUUCAUUACAAAUUUUGGUGUUUAUUAAUGAAAACAAAUUGUAUAUCAAUUAAAAUUUAAGUUACAUCCUAUCCUUUCCUUUUAUUUUGCAUUCAUUUCUGUCUUUACAUCCAGUAUAUCAAGGUCACGAAUAAAACUCGAUGCAUUACAUCUAAAGUUAUUUAUUUUAUUUAGAUUAUGGUUUGUUUUAGUUAUUAUAUAACCUGUUGCAGCUGAUCACAAACUGCCUAUAUGUGAGCAAAAACAAAUACUCAGCUCAAUUUACCGUGGAAAACAUCACAUAUAUAUAAUAUUUGAUGAUAAAUAUUUUGUGAAAUGCCACAAUCCCCCAUUACUGAACACCAUUUUUUUGUGAUAGUUGAAACAAGUGGUUAUGGUCAGUUGCAGCUGUGACAUUUUUUACGUAUUAGCGAAUAUAGCUUUAACAUGUUGGUCCAUUGUCCCUAACAUCAGAAGCCCAAUAUCUGGUUAUUCAUUUUUUUAUAAUUUUAUUUCUUUGUAGUAGUACUCCUUUACGUUUAACACAACUUCAGUAUGUUAAUUACCAAUUUUCCAAUUUGGUUUCUGUUGAUUUGGAACUUGUACCAACAAUCCAUUUGUAAAUAUUGAAACUGUGUGAUAGUUUAUUGAAUGUGUUACUGCAUGUUUGGAGUAAUUAAAAUUCAAUGCAGGAGUUUAGGCGACAACAAAUUGAGCCCGCCGUUCGGAUGGGCUACUUGUAAAAUAUCAGUAUUUAUGAAGCAAAUUGGUUUUGAUAAUUUGGACAAGAGUUUGUUUGAUAUGGUUGUAUUUUAUGUGUGUAAUUUUGUAAAUAUAUGGCAAAAGAAAAUAACCGAGAGCUUUCAGAAUAUGAUUUCACGAUUUCAAAGCGGCGUUCAAAAACUACGAUACCGUUUCGCACUUUUGACCCGCCUCUGUUUAUAUGAACUGUAUAGGUACAAUAAUGUGCAGAUUUUUUUGAAUGGUGCCAUACUCUACAGUUAAAAAGAAUAAACUUAGCUAGGUAAAUAUUAUCCAAUAGAUAAUUAAUAAUAUUUAAGGAAUAGAGUAAUUGUUUUUUAUACCAUUUUCUUAUGUUGACUGAAAUAUACAUAUAAAAUUUUAGUGGAUGAUUAUUUUCUUGCCAGUUGUUUAAAUUCUCUUGGUACAACGAUGUGGUGAAAAUGAGAUUUGCCUGAUUUUAGGAAAUUUUGUUCAUUAGUAAUCUCUUGUGUCAAACUUGUAUAUUCUCUCCGUUGAUAUGUGGAAGUAUUUUUGUGUAUUUAUUAUUAACCUUUGUUAGGUAAAUAUAUUAUUUUUCUCACAAUUGUAGUUAUGAUUAAUGCUCUAACGAAUAAUACUGUCACAAACAUAUUUCCCAUACCCACUGAGAAAAUACGAUCGCUCGAUUAAAAAUAAAUCCUGAAGACUCGGAUGGGUUGCCUCAAUUAUCGAGUGAAUGGUAUACGGCCUUUCAGUGUGCAGUGAGGAAAAAUGUAUAACUCCCACUUUCACGUAAACGAUUAAGAAACGUGACAUCUUACUGUAGAUGUUGUCUAAAUGUUUUGUGUAUUUUUCUCUUCAGGUGACGAAGUGGUUUUCAGAAAGUUAACCUUUCAAAAAUAUGUAUGAUACUAAAGUCUUAUAUGUGAAUGGUUAAUAUUAUUUAAUAUGACUGAAGUCUAUUGUAUAUCAUAUUUGUAACAUAUUGUCCUUUUCUAUUAUUAUACUAAUUCUAAAUUAAGAUAGGUUUAAGAACUACUUAAUUGUCAGGCUUAUAGAUCUACUGACAGGUCAUUUUGCGUAGAUAGCUAGCACUGUAUUGUACUAUGUACAUUCUAUAAAAAUAUAUGGCUAAACAUUU